AUGAACGCUGUCCACUGUCUCCCUUUCACCACCGAAUUCCGUGCCGUCAAAGCAAAUACCACUCUUGUCGAACAUGACAUGGCGCGGAGUAAACAUUUGCGUGCUGGAGCCAAUCCCCAUGGCCCUCUUGCUCUCAUGGAAGCUCUUCGUCACGGGCACCCUGGCCAACCAGACCCAAAGGGAGUCCAGCACGUCAGUGUCCUGAAUGCAGGUGUCACUUAUCUCGCGUCCAUUGGGGUUGGCUCACCCGCUACAACUUACAAUCUGCUCAUUGAUACUGGCUCGUCUAACACGUGGAUUUCCGCCGUCGAGAAGCGCUUUACGCCGACCAAGACCACCCAUGACACACGCAAGAAAUUUCAGAUUGGAUACGGCAAGGGUGAUUGCUCUGGCGAGGAAUUCAUUGAUCAAGUAACUCUUGGCCCAAACCUCGUUAUCCCCCAGCAGUCCAUCGGCGUCGCAAACCGAGCCUCCGACAUGAAUGGAAUGGAUGGUAUUCUUGGUAUUGGUCCGACUGGCCUUACUCGUGGUACUACGGCGGACAAGGCACCCGUUCCCACUAUCAUGGACAACCUCGUCAAAGAUGGAACUAUCUCCCAAGAAUGCAUUGGCAUCUACUAUGCCCCGACAACUGCCAGGCCCAACGAGCUUAGCGGGUGCCUUGAUAUCGGCGGUGCUGAUUCGACCAAAUACACCGGUAAACUCGACUACAUGCCGAUUACCAAGCAAUCGCCCGCGUCAAAUUAUUGGGGACUUGAAGAGAGCAUCAUUUACGACGGCGAAGAGAUCAUGGCUCACUGCGCGGGGAUUUCUGACACCGGAACGACGCUUGUGAUGUUACCUUCCCAGUCGUUUUCCCGUUACAUGGAAAAGACUGGUGCAGUGAUGGACGAGACGACUGGGCUCCUCACCGUCACCGACGAGCAGUAUGCCAACAUGAAGAGCAUGAUGUUCAAGAUCAACGGUGUCCAAUACGAACUCACCAAGAAUGCUCAGAUGUGGCCUCGCUCUAUGAAUUCGAUGCUCGGCGGCGACAUGAACAAGAAAUAUCUCGUGUUCGCUAACAUGGGCGACAUUAACAUCGGGGAUGGCCUUUGCUUCAUCAACGGCUAUACGAUGCUUCAGCGUUUUUACUCGGUCUACGACACUACCAACUGCCAGAUCGGCAUGGCUACCACAAAGCAUACGAUGGACGAAACCAACUAG